AUGUGUACGCGUGUCUCGUAUGCGGGAAGUAUUUCCAAGGAAGAAGCCAAAACUCUCCUGCUUAUAAACAUAGCUUGGAAGCAGGGCACCACGUUUACAUCAAUCUUCUCACGGAGAAGGUUUAGUAGAGGAUCAGCACAAGUAGUAGAAGAGCAGCAGUGGUCUAGGGCUCUUGAUGGCUCUUACUAUCUUCCGGGAAUGGUUGGGUUGAACAACAUACAAAACACAGAUUUUGUGAACGUUACAAUCCAAUCGUUGAUGAGAGUUACUCCUCUACGCAACUUUUUCCUUAUUCCCGACAACUAUCAGCAUUGCAAGACACCUCUUGUUCAUCGCUUUGGGGAACUCACUCGAAAGGUUUGGCAUGCUCGAAACUUCAAAGGACAUGUGAGUCCACAUGAGUUCUUGCAAGCUGUCAUGGAUGCUAGCACUUUUAAGAUAGGCCAGCAAUCAGAUCCAGUAGAGUUUAUGUCGUGGCUCCUCGACACUUUGCACAUGGAUUUAAUCCGAACUUCAAAGGACUCCAGCAGCAGCAGUAUCAUCCACCAGUGCUUUCAGGGUGAGUUAGAAGUUGUGAGAGAGUAUCAAGGUAAUGAAAACAAAUUAGAAAUCUCCAGAAUGCCUUUUAUGAUGCUUGGACUAGAUCUGCCACCGCCUCCUCUAUUCAAAGAUGUCAUGGAGAAAAGCUUAAUUCCGCAGGUUGCUCUUUUCGAUCUAUUGAAGAAGUUUGAUGGAGAAACUGCGACGACGGAGGUGGUUGGCCCAAGGCUAGCCAGAGUGAGAUAUAGAGUAACCAAAACUCCACCUUACUUGAUGUUCCAUAUGGUUCGGUUCAAGAAGAACAACUUCUUCAAAGAGAAGAACCCUACCUUGGUUAACUUCCCAGUGAAAGACAUGGAGCUGAGGGAUUACAUACCAUCAUUGCCAGGGGAGAAGGAGGCUUGUACAAAGUAUAACUUAAUAGCCAACAUAGUACAUGAUGGGAAGCCAGAUGAUGGGUCUUUCAGAGUUUUUGUGCAGCCCAAGUUGCAAGAACGAGUAUGGUACCAGAUGCAGGAUCUGCAUGUUGUAGAGACGCUUCCACAGAUGGUAGAACUAUCGGAAGCAUACAUGCAGAUAUAUGAGCUGCAGGAGGAAUAG